UAGCUUUGGAAAAAGGAAAUGGCGUCUGUAAUAUCUUGUUCAUCUUCUUCCCCUGUCUCGUUUGGAUUACCCCAAACUCGCUUAACUGAUUCAGAUAAAAUUAAACUUACUUCUCUUUCAUGCCUCUCUUCAUUUCCCACUCUCAAUAUCUCCGUCAAAUCCCCAUCUCCCACUCUCUCCAACAACAACAAGGGUUCUUUUAUUCAGGCUGCCUGGACCCGAAGAUCUCGGGGUGAACUUGAAAAGAGACCCAACCGGAAAUCAUGGAAGCAAAGGACAGAUAUGUAUAUGAGGCCAUUUUUACUUAAUGUUUUCUUUUCUAAGAAAUUUAUUCAUGCAAAGGUGAUGCAUCGGGCAACAAGCAAAGUGAUAUCAGUUGCUACCACUAACUCCAAGGAUCUCAGGAACACUUUACCAUCUCUAACUGAUCAUAAUGCAUGUAGAAUCAUAGGGAAGCUAAUUGCUGAGCGAUCAAAGGAUGCUGAUGUAUAUGCAAUAGCAUAUGAGCCUAGAAAGGAUGAGCGGAUUGAAGGUAAGCUUGGGAUUGUUCUUGAUACCAUUAAGGAGAAUGGUAUCAUAUUUGUUUAAGCAAAUUCCUGAUCAUUGUUUCACACCUAGUAAAUGAAAAUUGAAUCACAAACAUGGAUCGGUUCCCCAAUGCAUUUUAUGCAGAAAAUUGUUUGUAGAAUUUCUGGUGAUUUUUUAUAUUAUUCUUUUUAAGCUUGUACUAGGAUUUUUAGCUCUUCAAAUGAUAUGGGGCUGUACAAAGACCACUUCAGGAACUCUAUGAUUAGAUUAUAUGUAUCCAUAUGAUGUUUCA